UUUCGCAUAAUCGAAAUGCGAACCGCUCGUUUCGUCGAGUAUGUCCAUAUCCUGAAAGUUUCAUUUGCAUCGUCCUUUCUCUUUAAAGUAAUUUUAAUAUUAGCUCCUUUGAGAAAUAUCCUGUAGUUAAGUAAUAAUGACGGAUGGAACAAGAAAUGAUGAUACUAAUACUUUUAAUUCUAGAUCCGAUCGAUCGGACAACCUAAUGAUAUCAACGGCAGGACCAGUGGUUUUGUAUUCGACCGCACAAGCUUGGAAAGCACACUUCCAUCGCUGCCUUGCACCCGAUAGAUUAUCAGAAUCAUCCGACGGGGAAGAAGAUUUGUCUCAAUACGAAUUUGAAGACGACCUCGAAUAUUUAAGAUCGUUGGAUCCAAAGGAAUGGAAAGAUCAAGAUCAUUACGCGGUGUUAGGCUUGAGAAAACUUAGGCACAAGGCAACCGAAGAUAUUAUUAAAAGGGCUUAUAAACAAAAGAUAUUGAAGCAUCAUCCGGAUAAGCGUAAGGCAUUGGGAGAGGAAAUACGACCGGACGAUGACUACUUCACUUGCAUUACUCGUGCAUGGGAGACACUUGGAAAUUCUACGAAAAGACGUAGUUACGACAGCAUAGAUCCUUAUUUUAACGAUGAUUUACCGGACGAGAAGGAAUGUAGAAAUAAUUUUUACGAUAUCAUGGGUAAAGCAUUUAAGGAUAACGCCAGAUGGUCUAGCAAAAAGCCGGUCCCGCUUUUAGGUGGCCCAAACACACCCAGGGAUAAAGUAGAAAGAUUUUAUUCUUUCUGGUAUGACUUUGACUCUUGGCGCGAAUACUCGUAUCUCGAUGAAGAGGAUAAAGAGAGUGGACAAGACCGAGACAUGCGUAAGUGGAUCGAGAAAAAGAAUAAAGCUACGAGAGCAAAACGAAAGAAGGAAGAAAUGGCAAGGAUACGUACCCUAGUUGAUAUGGCCUAUAACGUAGAUCCUAGAAUAAAGAAAUUCCAACAGGAUGACAAAAAUAAAAAGACAGCCGCGAAGAAGGCAAAGCAAGAGGCUGCGAAAGCUCGACAACAGGAAGAGGAGAGAAUAGCUAGGGACGCUGCCGAGAAGGAAAGAUUGGAAAAGGAAAAGCGCGAAUCCGAGGAACGUGCAAAAAUGGAUGCGUUGAAGCAAGAGAGGGAGGCACAGAAAAAGGCACUCAGGAAAGAGAGAAAGGCGCUGCGUGACUUUUGUAAAUCUAACAAUUACUUUGCCGACAGUUCGGCCGAAAGUCUGAAGCACAUGGAGAGCGUAGAAAAGAUCUGCGAAUUGUUCAAAUUAGUGCAGUUGGAAGAAGCUAUGAGGAAACUGCAGAACGGUGGUAGGAUCGCUUUCAUCGAGCUGAUGGAAGAAACGGAACAAAAAAUAGAAGCGGAACGUAGAGCUGCUAUAAUAAACAAUGACGCGCGUAAUACACCUGAGAAACAGGUAAAAGCUCAUACCGCGCCGUGGAGUGAAAAUGAUUUGCAACUUUUGAUAAAGGCCGUCAACUUGUUUCCUGCUGGCACGAAUCAACGUUGGGAAGUAGUGGCCAAUUUUAUCAAUCAACAUAGUACCUCGUCGAGCAGCAUCAUCACGCGCGACGCCAAGGAAGUUUUGGCGAAAGCUAAAGAUUUGCAAUCUACCGACUUUAGCAAAUCGAGCCUGAAGGAACGAGCGAAUAAAAAUGCGUACGAUAAUUUUAUCGCUGAGAAGAAAACCAAAGAAGGUAUAGAAGAAAGGAUGCCAGCUUUUACGGAACGCUUGGAUCAUCCUCUUUCCAAUGGAAUAUCAUCGACCGACGCGAAAGACGUCAAGAAGGAAUCGCAAGCUUGGACGCCCGCGGAACAAAAACUUCUCGAGCAAGCAUUGAAAACUUAUCCUACGACGGUCCCCGAUAGGUGGGAUCAAAUAGCUGGAUGCAUACCAACUAGAACGAAAAAAGAAUGUAUGAGGAGGUAUAAGGAACUCGUGGAGCUCGUCAAAGCGAAAAAAGCAGCACAAGUCAUGAAAUAAUAUUAACUCUCCUUAAGAUGAAUUUCUUUGUAACUUAUUCGUUAAUUAAUUAUGACCAUUUUCUAUGUCAUUUCCAAUUUUCCAUUGUAGGAAUUUCAGUUGAUACGAAUCGUAAGAUGAGAAUGAAUGUUAGAUAUUAUUGAAUUCCUGCCAAUGUACAUGCUGGUGCCUCGCUUGUUGGACCUACAUACACGCGUGUGCGCAGCAUAGAAAUCGUUGUAGUUUUUGUUUCUCAUUUCGUUCGAAUUCAUGCUGUUCGUGUGCAAUAGAAUACUCGUUGCACCGUUUAUUUUACUUUUUCUCUUACGCAUUGCGACAUCAUUGGAACCUAUAAACGGAGAAUCGGACGAGAUUAA